AAAAAAAAAAUGAAAAAUAAAAAAACUAAUUGAUGACAACUUUCCACGUCUUUACAAGUUGUUAUUACACAGCUGUAUUUUAUAAUAAAGGAAACAACUUCUAAAACAUUUUCACAAAUAAUGGAUUUCCAGGAAAUAUCCGCAUCGUUGAAAGACCCAGCCGAUCUUUUCGUCAAAGAGAAAAUUGAAUAGGUACAGGUGUUUGCCGCUCUUAUUUAUGGGAUCACACCAUAGUAUAAAAAAAGGAAAGGUAGGAUAUCAACAGUAUCAAAAUAGGACGGCCACGCGCAUGACGUCACGCGUAAAGGUUGUAUAGGCGCGAAUUUAAAAAUACCGACUAAGUGUGAAGAAAAUAUAUGCUGUUUACAGAAAAUUAAAGGAUUAUAUUUUAGAAAUUACAUAAAAUAUCUAAGGAUAAUAAUAUGGGAUAGUUAAGGAAAGCGUUAUGAAAAAAAUUCAGACAUACCUACUAGGCAUAUUUUUUAAGUAAUUAAUUAAAUUAAAUUUAAAAUUUUAAUUUAAUAUCCUGCCAUUGCACCGCUGCGCAUGCGCAUCGCUCUGUGUACCUGCAUCUUCUGGCAAGGCUCAGACGCCAUUACGGCAACAAUCGUGUUUGAUUACGUAUGUUAGUAAGCAUUUAAAAUGGCACCGCUGAUCGAAAGUCCCGCCGACACUAAAAUUCGUUCUGUUAUUCUUUUUCUGAGUGCAAAAGACUUAAAAGCUAUGGAUGUUCAUCGUGAGGUCUGCAUAGAUUACGGACAAAUCAUUAUGGGCGGUAAAUGGUUAGGAAAUGGGUUCGAACAUGUAAAGAUGACCGCACAAAUGUGCAUGAUUACGUCGUUACGAGUACACAGAUCUCACUUAGAAAAUCGAUCGCUUUUAAGCUUUUUGCACUCAGAAAACAAAUAUCAGCACGAAGUUUACAGUCGGCGGGACUCUGGAUUGGUGGUGCCAUUUUAAAUUCAUGCUAACACACCCAAUCAAGAGCGAUUGUUGCAGUAUUUGCGUAUCAACCUUGUCAAUAGAUGCAGGUAUACAGCGCACAUGCACGAAAUGCUGACCGAAGCGCUGCAACGGCGGAAUAUCAAAACAGUACUUACUUAAAAAAUAUGCCUUGCAAAAAAAUAUUUAAGUAACAGGUUUCUGCCUAUUUUUAAUGUAGUAUGGAUUUGUGUGAUUUUGUGGGGCAGUUUCAAUGAACGUUUUGUUUUUGUUCUGGGCUGUUUAUAUAUUGAUGCACUUUAGGAAAAACAGCUAUGCUAAUCCUGCGUCUUUUAACCAACAUUUAUAUACUUAUUCUGGCUACAUAAUUAAUUUAUCCUUUGUGUAUUUUAAUUGUAUAAAUAGUAUUAUUUUAUUUUUUAAGUAAAUUUAUUCUCUGUCGAAUGUUUGUUAAUAUUAACAUUAUAAUUAUCAACAAAGCGCUCUUCCACGAUCGGAAAAAUCUUCCUAAACUCUCGGUGUCCUUAUCUAUUGCAUGUUGCUUAGACUGAAAACUUAACAAUUAAAUUCUUGGCAACAAUAGAUGUGACCAACGAUGAAAAAGUGCAAAGUUUUACGGUGUCUCCACGUAGCAUGAUUAAAAUUCAGUGUUGGCUGAACGUAUGGCUCUAAAGCUUACAAAAGGCUUUUAAAAUUACAUUAGGAAAGUAUAUUUGCAUUUUUAAUGCCAGUUAUUAUCAAUUUAUAAUAUAUUUUUUCUCGUGGCAACUAAGGAAAGUACGCAAUUAUUUUAAAGUGUGAUAGCAAUGUAAAGCAAACGUAGUAGGCGUUUAUAAAACGCAUGCUCGUUCCUCAAAUAAACAUAUCCCCACUCAAAUUAGUAGUUGUCUCCUUCUUUGUAAUGCGGCAGCCGAUGCGACAGCUCUGUCUACAUAAUAUUAAACACAAUCUGAAUGAUUGUAAUAAAAAAUGGCUUAGUUAUGAAUGAAUGGAUUAGUCCAGUGCUUUUUUGUCGUUCGAUGUGACUAUGAAGACUUUUGACAAGGCAUUUUAUAAAAAAUUCUAUUAAAUAACUGAUACGGGUAUAUUAAUAAUGUAUGCUCUUUGUACUAGAGGAAAAGUAGACACCUAUAUUUUUCCUAUUUCUUGUGUAAUAUUUUCUCAACAAACGCUCGAUUUUCAACAAUAACAAAUCUGGGCAGUGAUUCAAAAAAAAAAAUUAUUUAAAGUUUUAUUCCACAGUAUUGGCCUCUGAUUCAGCUAAGCAACCAAUUUGCGAUUUGUCAAUGUACGUAUCAUCUAACAUAUAAUAAUAAUCUUUUUCAUCAUCAAAUAACAGAUGAGAGCAUAUAUAUUUUUAAUACCAUAUCUCGUACUAUUAUAAUUCUUUUUUGACUUACUGAUUAAAUAUUGUUUCAUCUUGAAAAUUUGGACUUACGAACUAAUAGAUCACCUUAAAAUAUUUUACCACUGUGGAAACAAUUUAAUCUUUUAAACUGAUGAUUAUAAAACCUUAAUAUUUUAUCGCUGAUAUUAAGUUCAAAUUAAUUGUAACAUCCCCACUUCGACACACGCCAACUAGUAAAUUGCUUGCUGUUUUUCGAUGAUCGAUCUUGUACGACGAAUUGUCCACUGUUACUAUGAAUUGAGCUUUUUUUAGAAAGAUGGUAUAAAAACGUUAUGGCUAAAUAAGAAAUCAUCAAUUAUAGAUGACGAAAUUUGGCACAACUCAUAGGAACUAGCGGAGGAAUUAUUAAAGGUGAGAACAACAAAUUUAAAAAAAGAUUGGUGUUGUUGAAGAUUGUAAGAAAGUUGAGAAUAUUUUUGAAGAUUCUAUCUAGAUGAUUCGAGCUUUUGUCAAACAAAUUUUUUUGAAUAAUAUGUGAAAUAAUUUUCCUAUUUUUAUUAUUUAAAUAUGCACCUGACAUUAUUUUUUCAUACACGAAAAUUAAAAGGACUCCGAGACGAUAGAACAUUGAAGGUUAUGGCAAAAUUACUGAAAUAAAUAUUACACAUUUUUUUACUUUUUUAUAUCAUACUAGAUAGAAUCGUCAGUAUAGAAAUAUUAUUAAUUGCUUUGAAAGAUUUAGGAAUAUAUGAUAGGGAAAAUUAACAAUGAUUUACCCUGUUUUUUGCACUAUAUUAUUAUUAAAAAGGUAAGUUUUUAGUUUAUAGAAUAGUAUACAGAUUUUGUGAUUUUUUAACACGUUAGAUUGGUUUUUCACAAGUCUCAUAUUUAAAACAUUUUCAAGAAAUUAUAAAAACACUGCAUUUCAGUUUUUGGUGGAAUAUGAUCAUUCUUUUUAGACAAAUAGUCAGAUAUAAAUCAAUAAUUUCGAAUAUACAUUUUAUUCUGAUAAAAAGAUUCUGUGAAAAACCUUUUCGUUAGCUAAGAUUGCGAGAGAUAGAUAUUUUUUAAAUUUUUUGUUCUCUUCCAUAUUAUGACCCUUUGCCCAGAAAAGGGCUACUACUAUACAAUUUUUCAACAAAGUGCGUCCAAAAACGCAGUUGCACAUAGAGUGUAGUUUGGAAGCCGCAGUGCUCAGAGUUGGUUGCCUGUCGAAAUUUACGAAGAACAAUGACGCACAUUUUUUUGUUAAAGUCUCACUGUGAAAAUUUAAUUUUUCUUUGUUUAAAGUUCUUGCUAAUAUUAAGUAAGUAGUUAAUGGGCAACUUGAGCACACUUUUCAAACUGUGCAUGCAUGACAUAUGACAGCUCACAUGACAUAUGACAACUGUCAUAUGUCACACAUGCGCAGUUUGAAAAGUGUGCUCAAGUUGCCCAUUAUCUACUUGAGUCUUGCUUUACCGAUUAAGCCAUUAUGCAUACAAAUUAACAAUUUGUCUAAUAGAUUUUAAACAAAACAUUUAAGACUUGCUUCUCGUUAAUUAUUAAUAACACAGUUGCAUCUUCUUUUAAUAAAAAAAAAAAUGCAUAUAUACAGGGUGUUCCGCGAAGAUAUUACAAUAUUUUAAUAGUAUAAUCUACUAACAAUUUAGGUCUCAAAAUGGCGAAAAGCUAGUUUUUUUUUUAAAUGAUGAUUCUGAUGUAAUUCUUGUAGACAUUAUCCGUUAGCCGAGUUCAAUUUUGUGAUGGUAUCCCUUUUCAGUUCAUCUGUUUGAAACUGCCUUUUUCUAUUUAAAAACUUUUUAAUAAACGUUUUAAUAAAAAUUUUCGUCAUAGGUUACUGCAAAUCGCAAGUAGUUUUUGUGUUGUUAAGAAAUUACAUUUUUCAUUCUUUUUGUUUGUCAUUUCAACAAAGAGACCCACAUUGCAAAAUGUUAUAGACAAACCCCCCUUAAAUAGUUGAUAGAACACCCUGUUCAAAUAUUAAAUAAUAAUUAAGGAACACCCUUUAUACAAUAAAUUAGUUUGAUUCAAAUAUACCUAAAUAUAAAAACAAUCUUCAAAAUAUUUUCAUUGUUUUUGAGAAUAUAAUUCCUAUGUCAUAUGAGGCUGCUUUUCAUCAAUCAAGUUGAGUGAAUUCCGUUAUUAUUAAGUGACUGUACCAUAGUGAUGGAAUAUCUCUGUGGUACAUGGAUUGCUAAAACUGAAAAACUUAUUUCGAUACAAACCACUAUCAGUUAUUAAAGUUGUCACGUACCGGACCACCUGAACUUUUUAUUUUCAAAAAUAUUGCAGCAAAUUUUAAUGUUUUAACUUCUACUAUUUAUGUUUAACUAAAAAUGAGUGAGAAACUAUCCCUAGAGAACUCAGUCCCACACUGACGAACAAACAUACAGACUGGAAAAGAUUUCAACUUGAAUUAAAUCUCCCAAUUAGAACGGUCAAAGAUUUAAAUACAGAAAGAUAAUUAUUUAUGGUUUUAAUACAACAAGCUACAUGAAAUAAUACCUACACCAUCAGUAAAAAAAAAUCAUGUGUAUUUAAUAUUCCAAAGAAAUAAGAGAUUUAUUACAAAACGAAAGGCUCGAAAGGAGUGGUAAACAAUGAGAACUGUAGAGAACAGAAACAAAUUAAAUAGAACUACACAACAGCUAUGAAGAGAGAUAGAAAAAAUUGAAAAUGAGUCAACUAAAAAAUAAC